UUUUUGGACGACGACUUGCACGAGGGAACGCCACGGCUUCGAUGAGUCUCUUUGAGGAUGUGUUGAUCGUCGAGUUCGAGAAGAAGACACAGACGCCGCAGAUUGCAUGGCGAUAUCUCACCGACGCUGCAUGUGCCCACGUGAACAACAACUCAACCAUCCCCAUUGGCCUUGCAGCAAUUUGCGCGCCGGCGGCGGGCAAAUGCCAAAAGCGGGGUAUGGAGUUCACGUUUACGAUAUCGGACGGACGGGCGCGGCAGCAAUACGGCUUUGUGAAGCAGCUCUUCGUGGCGUCGACGGACGAAGAACUAUCCACGCAUGUCGUGUGCAUUCUUGGCCCAAAGCCCAUGUACGUGUGGUUUACGUGGAUCCUGCGCCUCGUCCACGCGCGCCUCCUGCACGAUCCGUCCCGCGGGUCGGCAGUCGAAUUGCUGAAUGCAAUCCGAAAAGCCGGCACUACCGAUCACAGCGACUUUACAUUUCGCCUUGCGUUGGAUCAUGGCGCAAGUCCAGCCUUGUACACGUUUCCAUUGCACCCGCCUGGGGCGUUUGGCAUGCGCACGAUGGAGCCUCACAUUCUCAACAACCGAUCGUUCACGAACAAGCUGCAGUCGCCUACGGUGCUCUUGGUCCUUCUGAGCGCUCUCUUGCACGAGCAAAAGGUGUUGCUUGUCCACGACGAGCGCGACGUUCUUCGAGGCACAUGCCAGCUCUUGCUGCGCCUUCUCGCUCCGUUUACAUGGAAACAUCUCCUCAUCCCAGUCCUGCCCGAGGAGCUACUGCAUUACGCCCACGCGCCGAUUCCGUACUUGAUGGGCGUCACCACGGAUGCAUACAGCAAAGCCUCGAGUAUUAUCACCAACGCCAUCGUGUUCAACCUCCACGAAGAACGCAUCGAGCUGCGCAACUUGACCGACGGGUUUCCCACGCUGUGCUGUGACGCAUGUCCAGUCAUUCCCCCCGCGUCCACUGCGACCGUGCCCUUUGCCAAACUGUCCACUCGGCAUACUUCACCCAACUCCAACCAUUCUGCGGUCGACACGUUCCGCCAUGAUCUACAGCAUUGUUUCAUGAACACCCCAGAUGGCAUCGAAGCAUGCGUGAAUGCGUUCUUCUUUCACGUGUUUGGCCAGGUUGACGUGGCCAAUAAAUCUGGGAUCAUCCAGGAUGUGAUGGACCAGUUUUUACGCACCGCAAACGCCAUCCAUCCGCCGUCGUUGGUGCGCUUCCUCACGGCUCUGAGCUCACGGGAGGUGCUUCUUUUGUACUUUGCGCACGUCGUGGCGUCGCCCAAGGGUGCUCAUUUCCACGGCCCUGCCGCAGUGUGCGGGCGAAGCGCCGACCCGUCGUCAUACGUGUCUCUCAAACGCUUGCUGCAAAAACGGUACGAACGUCUCCGUGGAUUGGCUACACGUGGCAUCGUGUGUCGUAGUGCCACGUAUGUCCAAGAGUACCCGAGUAUCGUACAGAUCUUGAACGGGUUUUGCGGCCAUGGAUCGACAAACGGCAAUGUGGACCGAGGAUGGACAACCAAGGAGCUGCGACCGCUCGCCGAUGCCAGCUACCACAUGUACGCAACCAACCGAUUGCAGAUACGUCGGAACCACGGCGACAUUCCGACGUGAGUAGGGACCAAUGUGCGUUGAUGGUGGACAUUCUAUGGGAGCGGCUGGGCGAUUCCAACUUUUCUACGUUGUCGGCGGUUCGUACGAAUUCGCCCAGACUGCCACGUCAUGAUGAUGUGCCUGCAGGUGCUGCAUAUGCUCGUGUUCUUGGCCAUCCAUGGCUGUGAAAUCGCCAUGGAGUACAUGCGAUUCAAGGAAUGCCAGCGCGACCACUGCCAGUUUCUGCAACGCCACCCCGCCAAAAGCAUCGUGGACAACGCCGCGAUGUUGCUCGAUUUCAUGGCGUCACCGCACCGAUGGUUCGCCAUGCGUGCGUCGAGAAGCCAGGAGCUGUGGCUGUCGACUGUGGUGUUCCCACGCUUGGACAUUCGACCGAUGGCGAAAGGGGUGCCGUCCUUCGCCGCGCUACACCACACCAUAGGACGCUUCCAUCAACCCGUGCACUCUGUGAAUUUGCUCGACUUGGACUAUGGAGUCCCACCAUCCUCUUCGUCCUCGGGCGUCAAGAUGGCGGCAGUCAACGACGAUCCGUUUGACACGAAUGCGGCCUUUCCCACACAUUGGGGCUAGCCCCGUGGCCCGUGACACGGCCACAAGAUCGCUGGAUCCCUCGGAUUAGUGGAUUGACGUUUGUAGUCAUUUUCAUACUAUGAUUAGUGUAUGUAACACUAAAUCCGAUUGUCGUAUAAUACUGUG